UUUCUCAUGCAGGUAUAAUUGCCACCUGUUUCGGGCUUGAUGUUAUUCGAGUGGUGGACUGAGAACUCACAUCCGAGAUGAGGACCUUCAUUGCGUUGUGUCUGCUGGCGUGUGUCGCUGGGAUUUCUGCGCAGUGUGAGUGCAAGACCAUGAAAUGGGCUGUCUGUGAUGGAACUCCCUGUACAUGUACCCUUCUUGUUGAUGCUGGCACAAAGCAGCCUGUGAACUGCACUACCUUGAUUCCCAAGUGCUUCCUCAUGAAGGCAGAAAUGUACCGUGCCAGGAAUAACCUGGCCACAAGAUCAAUCGGUGGGAAGCCAGUUGAGACCGCCUUUGUAGAUAAUGAUGGGAUUUAUGAUCCUGAGUGUGAAGCUAACGGGCAAUUCAAAGCGGUCCAGUGUAACGGCACAGAAACGUGCUGGUGUGUCAACAGUGCAGGUGUCCGCCGAUCUGAUAAAGGAGACAAGAACAUCAAGUGUGAACCAGUGGAGACCUACUGGGUUCGUCUUGAACUGAAGCACAAAGAAGCAGCCACUGCUCUGGAUGAAACGAAACUAAGAACUGCAGUUCAAAAUGCUGUCUUGGAUCGAUACAACAUCCCCAAGGACUUUGUGCGUGAAGUUGAGUAUGACAAGGAUUCCCGUCUUAUCGUUGUGGAUGUUAAGAAGAAUAUAGGGCAGGAUCGUGAUAUUGACCUGUCCCGCAUGGCUUACUACAUGGAGAAAGAUGUGAAAAUUCUGCCCAUUUUCAAAAGUCAGACCCCACUUGAACUUUCUGUUGAAGGCAACAAGGUGGGCUUGGAGAACAUCCUGGUUUACUACGUUGAUGAAAAAGCUCCCACAUUCACUAUGAAGUCACUGACGGGAGGAGUGAUUGCAGUCAUUGUGGUGGUUGUUCUGGCUGUUGUCAUUGGACUUCUUGUUCUGUUCUUCCUCAGGAAACGGGAGAGGGCUCAGUUCCAGAAGACUCAGCAAAGGGAGAUGGCUCCCAUGUCGCAGUGAUUCCACGGUUUUGGUCUUUGAACACUGGAGUGUUUGCACAGGAGCAGAGCGCCACUUGUAUAUUGCUUGGCUUUUUUAAGUUGGGUUGUUUUUAAAGGGAAUUUAAUGUGCCUGUUACAUGCUCCAGUUAUGAACAAAAUGGAUCCUUUUACAGUUACUGUUUUAAGCAAUGUUUAGACAGUCCAGUCUUUAAUUCCCAAUCAGGAUAAAGAUGGAAAUUUAAUGAGUUUAGUCUGUCUAAACUCAUUGUGCUUAUAGAUAUUUAAUGUCACUUAAGUAAAUAUUCUCAGUGGAUUUAAUACAUAUGUACAGUUUGUAUGUCACUUUUUAAUAAAAAUGUCGUGUCUUAAAUGGA